AUGCGUGCAGCUCGACGGAGAUCUCUGAAGAAGAGCAUCCUGCGAGAAAAGACACUACUGCGAGCUCACUGGAGACGAAGGUGCCUACUGUUAUUCAUUUAGACAAUCAUAAGCCAUAUUUUCAUACUAAAAGACAUGGGAGGACUAUUACCUCAAAAACACAGCAAUGAUUGCUGGAUUUAACACGUUUAUUCGAGGACCUUGAUUGGUGUGAGGCAUCUGAGUGGACAGUAGCGAAACAACAACUGGUAUUGUAAGAAAAUGGAUGAUUCACCAUCAAAGCAUCUGCUUGGACCUAAGAAAAGAGUCAAAAUCCAUCCGAACACAGUGACGGUCAAAUACGCCACUCAUUUUCCUCAGCCUGGAGACGAGGGCUACGAUGACGCUCCAUCUUUCGAAGACUUCGGCUCCUUCAUUGAGGGGACCUCAGAUAAAAAACACCUCACCGACAGCAAGUCAGGAAGGACUUUUUUCAGUGCUCUUGACAGUCGGUCCAAACCACCUGGUGACCAAAAAGACAAAGGGGUCGGAGGUCAGCUGCAGAGCUUCGGGGAGGCCUCAGUGUUCGCUUCACGAAUGACAUGGGCCGCACUGUUUGGGGCAGCUCUGGCACAUGGGUGUGUGGCUUUAAUCACACGGCUGGCUGCUGACCGCUCUCGAGUGCCCUCACUGGAGCUCCUCUUCAUCCGCUCCGUCAUCCAGGUGUUGUCCAUUGGGGUGGUGAUUUACUAUCAGGAGCCGCCCUUUGGGCCCCAAGGCUACAGACUGCGUCUUUUCUUCUACGGCGUGUGCAAUGUUAUUUCCAUCACGUGUGCGUAUACAUCCUUCGCCAUCGUCCCGCCAAGCAACGGCACCAUCAUGUGGAGGGCGACCACAACGGUCUUCAGUGCCAUCCUGGCGUUUUUACUCAUCGAUGAACGACUAGGAAUGACAGACGUGGUGACGGUGGUCAGUAGCGUCUUCGGCCUCUGCUUGGUCAUGAUUCCCAACAUCGUAGGCGAACACAUAUCUCUGAGUUUCUGGAAGGAAGCUUUCGGCUACACCAUGACAGUGAUGGCAGGCUUAAUGGCGGCCAUGUCCAUGAUCAUCUACCGCGCCAUUAAAGAAAGGGUGAGCAUGUGGACGGCUCUUUUCACCUUCGGCUGGACCGGGACAGUGUGGGGGGUGUCCACUAUGUUCGUCCUCCAGGAGCCCAUCAUUCCUCUGGAUGGGGAGACUUGGGGGUAUCUGAUCGGCAUCUGCGUCUGCUCCACUGUGGCGUUCCUGGGCGUUUAUUAUGCCCUCAACAAGUUUCAUCCGGCUCUGGUGAGCACCGUUCAGCAUAUGGAGAUUGUUGUGGCCAUGCUUCUGCAGCUCAUUGUGCUCCACAUGGUCCCUUCGGUCUAUGACAUCAUUGGGGGCCUCAUCAUCAUCAUUAGUGUUGUCGUUCUGACAGCCGUAAAGCUUUAUUGGGUGGGCAAGAGCAAAAGACAAGAGUAUGAAGAGAUCCUUGAUUCACCGAUAAAGUGAUUCCUUAUGAAUCAAAGUUGUUUAUUUAUUUGUUUGAUGAUUUAUUUUCUGGCUUUGAAUUGACGCUACCCACUUGUGAUUGAGGUUACUGUGAAUGUCUGAGAAAAAAGAUCUAUGUAAAGUUUGUGUCUAUUACUGAAGUGCCAUUGUGACGUUGUCAUUGACUGCUGUAUUAUGUGAAAUCACAAAGAGGAUAUUGAUUCUCAUCGCCUAUUAUGAAUUAUCUUGUUUUGGCUAGGUUAUGUUUAGUGAUGUACAUCCAAAUAAAUGUCUCUGCAAUGAGAAUAUGAGAUGAUUUUUAUGAAUAUACACAUUUUCCAAACUCACGUGGUCAAGAGCGCCCCCUGUUGGUGUUUAGUGGUUAUGUGACCCUCAGGAGUGAAUUAACAGUAUUUGGCAACGGCCUCGUUUGACUGAGUGAAUCAAAUCUGUUUUGGCAACAGCGAUUCACACUGUUGUCUGCCAGAGCUUUUCUGUUGGUAUAUGAUCUCAUGAUUUCCAUUUUAAUAAGGAAUAUUGAAUAGCUUAUGGUAUCAUGGAGUAAUACUCUCCAUAAUUUUAUUUGGAAAUAAAAAAAUACUUCUAUUCAGAAGUAAGAUGUUUAUGCAAAGUGUUAUAUUUGUCAUAUUUGAGGUUAAAAUCAAAGGUUAA